AUGAUCAAGACAAAGUCUCAUCUCUUCACUGCAGUCCUAUCAAAGACCGUGCAACCCACUUGUGAUACAUUAAUUGUCUCACCCGUAGAAAAGACUGCCCUAUCCUGUGAGCUUAUCCAGGGAUUAGAUGAUAAAGACAAGGGUGUUGUUGUUCCUGUUGGCCAUGAUGCAGUUAAUAAGAUUGAAACCGUAUGUAUUGAGUUUGGCCCAGUUAUUUCCACACCUCAACAACCUGAGAUGCCAAAUCCUGAGCCAACACCUGAAGCUGCAAAUGAGUGCAAAAAAAGCGUAGAAGGAACAACUACAAGGCUAAUAAGUAAGCACAGAGGGAAGCUCAGUUAA